AUGGAAACGGGCAUUUCGAGUAGGCACUACAACGCACGUCUGCGUGUGGUGGUGGGCUCACAGACGACACGACAUCGCCACGGCUCUGGAAUGGCCAUGCAGUACUUCACCGGGUGCUUCUUCACCACCGGCUUGAUCUGCAAUUGGUUCACGGUGAAACAGUUCGACGGCAUCCUCGUUGACUGCUCAAAUGCCAAGCUCGAUGUGGCGUUUUAUAGGGCUAGCAGCAGAACCCAAUAG